GGGUGGCAAAGUGUUUUGAUUGUGUGAUCUUAUGGUUUUUUUUUCUUUCUUUCUUUCCCACCUCUUAAAUCGCAAAAAUCUAGUGUCCCUGCUAAACAUGUCGGGUGUGUUCCGCAUCGGAGUUCGCCUGGCGAAGGGCGCACCGGCUGCCGUAAACCCCGCCCGGUCAUUCCUGAUCGCCUCGCGUAACAUCUCCGGCAAAACGUUGCGCGGAUCGAAGCUAAGCAAACCGAAACCGUUCCCGUACCUCGAGAAGGAGUACUCCGCCUGGAAUGCUUGCUGGGAUGUGCUGCGAAAGAACACCACCAGCCGGUUUGACGAAAACACGAAGGUUGUCGUCGUUGAUGGACCAAUCGCAUCGGGAAAGUCUGCGUUCGCGAAGGAACUCGCCACGGAGCUGGAAAUGAAGUACUUCCCCGAAGCGACGGUGGACAAUUACUACAUCAACCCGUACGGUUACGAUAUGCGCCAGCUCGAUCCUCAACUGCCGCCCAACAUGCAGAGCUUUGAUGUGGCCAAAUUCCACCAAAACCCGAACCACCGCAAUGUGGCCACUUUCCAGAUGCGCACGCUGGUCGAGCGGUACUCGCAGUAUGUGGACGCACUGGCGCAUCUGUUCAGCACCGGCGAAGGCGUUGUACUCGAUCGCUGCGUCUACUCGGACUUCGUGUUCAUGGAAGCGAUGUUCCGUAGCGGGUACAUCUCGAAGGGUGCCCGGUCGGUGUACUACGACGUGGUGAAGAACACGUUCUGCGAUCUGAUAAAGCCGCAUCUGGUCAUCUACCUGGACGUGCCGGUGAACGUGGUGAAGGAUCGUCUGAAGAAGCGCGCUAACCCGGCGGAGGUCGGCUCGAAGGCCCUGACGGACAAGUAUCUGACCGACAUCGAGACGAUCUACAAGCAGCAAUACCUGAAGGACAUCAGCACGCACGCUGAGUUGCUGAUCUACGAUUGGUCCGAUUACGGUGAGACCGAGGUGGUCGUCGAGGAUAUCGAGCGUAUCGAUUUCGACCGAUUUGAUAAGGACGACCCGAAGAUGCGCGACUGGGUGAUGGAGAACGAGGAAGACUGGACCGAGGCGCGCUGCCGGUACAUGAACAAACCGGACCUGUUGAAUUCGUUCAACGUGCCGCGGUUUGACGUGCCCGAGCUGACGGUGUCUCCGGAUGACUUCAAGGCGUGGUACGACGUUUGGUUCUCGGCUCCGGGUAUGCAGUACCGCAAGGGCUACAACUCCGAGUGCGGCGACAAUGGCAUCCUCACCAAGAUGAAGCUGGAUUUCCGCAAUUCCCUGUAAAAUAGCAAACGUCCUUCUUUGGGGAAGGGAUACCUUCUCUUCCAGGGGAGCAGGCAGUGUAAUAAAAUAAACCGUUAAUUUAAUC